ACUGAGUAUCGCUACAUCUCUCGUUGUUGUCUGUUUUAUUUUGUUAUUAUUUUGAAAACCGGAAAUGUCUGAUCAAGGGACUCAGCAGCAGCCACGGGUGGAAGUGGUGAUGAAGGUGGAAGGUGAACAGCCUUCAGCCUCCACUCCUCCUCCACCUCUGACUGCUACUCAGCGGAUGAAGAGGGAGUUGGAAGAACAGCUGCGGCAGCAGCAGGCCAAGCUUGCAGCGUUGGAACAGCAGGAGGCAGCUGAGCUAGAGGCUGCAACAAAUCAUUCCAGAAGAGAGUAUCUGUUGCAGCAGCUAGACAAAGCGCUCACAGAUGAUCGUUGUGCCCGGAUCACCAAACAUAUGCUAGAGAUGAUCCUGCUAGAACACAAAAUCAUCAGUUCACAAUUCACGAACUGGGAUGAUCGCUUUGUGCGACUGGAGCGUCGGGUUGACGAACUGUCAGCUCAGCAGUCCAAGAUCGUGGAUUCUAUUCAGAGCUUGACUGCUCAGCUGGCAGCCGCCAAGCUGAUUGCCCCUCAGCUCCCUCUGCUGAAACCCAAACUCUCUCCUCCUUCUUUGCCCCCUUGUACUCCCCCUGGUUCAGUACAUUCAUCCCGGUCACCAUCCCAUUCCCAAAAGGCCUCAGCAAAGGCCACCUAUGCUGCUGUUACUGCAGGAGACUAUCGAGGUCCCAAGAUCCCUGCUCCCAACAAGUUCAGGGGUGAUGACCCCAAGACCGAUGUUGGGGACUGGGCUGCUGGGACCAGGGCCUACUUAAGGGGCUUUGUCUGUGCAGAACAGACCAAGGUGGCGACUGUUCUGGGGCUGCUGGAAGGGCCUGCACUGAAGUGGGCCACUUCCACUUCCAGCAGUUUGCAGCAGUCCAUGGAGGACUGGGCUUUUGGGCUUGGGGUGGACAAAUUCCUGCAGGCCCUAGAGGACCGAUUUGCAGACAAGGAGUGGAGCCCGCAAGGCUUUCCCCCCAGUGCUGCACCUUCAUCUACUCGGGUAGGUGAAUCUGCAGCUGUUUCAGUUGAGACUGCGUGUGAUAGUGAUGGUUUGGGGACUGCGCGGGCAGCAUCCUUCUGCUAUGAGGAUCCUGACCCGGAUCAGGACCCGGGGCAGGAUGAGCUUCAGUCCCUUGCUGCCUUCUUCCUUUAUCUGAAGGAACAGAAGAAGAGCAAGACUGAUCUCAUCAUGCUUCGGCCAUUGAUCAACAGCACCAGGAUCACUGGGCUGUUGGACUGUGGGGCCACCAGGAACUUCAUGUCUCCCAGUGGAGUUAAAAAGCUGCACCUGGGCAUGAAAGUUCAGCAGCUGCAGCAUCCGCUGCUGGUGCGGAUUGGUGACUCUACAGUGCUCAGCAUCAGGGAGAAGGUCAAGGGUAUCCUUGUGACCUUCGAUACCGCGGGAAAAGUCAGACACAAUCUGAACUUUUACAUUUUCCCUGAGCUGCCUUUUGACUUGGUGUUCUCAAUGCAGUGGUUGAGGGCAGUCAACCCUAGGAUCGACUGGCAAAUCCCUAGAGUUGAACUACCAGACAGCCAGGGUGUGUAUCAGCCAUGCAUGAUUGCUGCUGAUCACCACCCUAAGACUUCCUGCUACUGCCUGAGAGCGAGGGAGUUUCAUGCUCUCUCACGCCAGUACCACCACGAGCGUCUGUUUAUUGCUUUGGUCAAGCAAACAGAUGCUCCCCAUGUUUCCUGUCCUCCUGAGAUACAACAGGUGGUAGAUCAGUAUGUUGAUUUGAUGCAGGAGCCCUUUGGGUUACCCAGCCGGCCAACCAAGCAUUAUAUCGAGCUGCUGCCUGGAGCGGUCCCUCCCAAGGACCGCAUCUACAGGAUGUCCCCUGCUGAGCUUGAGGAGCUCAGAAAGCAGCUUGAGACCCUGACCAGCAAGGGCUGGAUCAGACCCAACACUUUUGAAUUCGGUGCGCCUGUUCUUUUUGUGCCCAAGGGGAACGACGAGUUCAGAAUGUGCAUUGACUACAGGGGUCUCAAUAAGAUCACUAGGAAGAGUACUGAGCCACUUCCUAGGAUCGAUGACCUCCUGGAUAUGGUGCAAGGCUGCACAGUGUUCAGCAAAGUCGACCUCGAAUCUGGCUACCACCAGAUUGAGAUGGCAGAGGAGGAUGUCUACAAGACAGCCUUCAAAACUAGGUAUGGGACUUACGAGUUUCUGGUCAUGCCAUUUGGACUUUGCAACGCCCCAGGCACCUUCCAGACGGAGAUGCACCGCAUCUUCAGGCCUUACCUGGACAAGUUUAUGGUUGUCUACGUGGAUGAUAUCCUGGUAUUCAGCAAAACUGCCAGGGAACAUAAGGAGCACUUGGCUCUGGUUCUUCAGUCGUUACGUGACAACCAGUAUAAGAUCAACAGAGAGAAGUCCUCUUUUGGAAUUCCCUCUGUCAUCUACCUGGGUCAUGUAAUCUCUGGAGAUGGCCUGGCUCCUGAAGCAGCCAAGAUUGCUGCUAUUCAGGAGUGGCCUCAGCCUCAGACAGUGAGGGAUGUCAGGUCCUUCAUGGGUUUAGCCUCCUACUACAGAAAGUUUGUCAGGAACUUUUCUGCAGUGGCUGCACCCCUGACUAACCUAACAAAGAAGGACACUCCCUUUCUUUUGUCCCUCCACGCCUUCACACGACUCAAGAAGGCCUUGACUCGUGUGCCUGUGCUGAAGUUACCUGACCCCACUUUGCCAUUCAUCCUGACCACUGACGCCAGUCAGUAUGGCAUUGGGGCAGUUCUUCAGCAGGAUGAUGGGAAUGGUCUACGACCUGUAGAGUUUAUGAGUAAGAAGAUCAAGACUGAAAAGCUCCAUGACUCCACCUACGAGAAAGAGCUAUAUGCUCUUGUCUGUGCCCUGAAACACUGGAAGCACUUUCUCCUGGGCAGGCACUUCAAGAUCUUUUCAGAUCACUCCACCCUGCAGUGGAUGAAGUCCCAGGGAGAGUUAAAUGACAAACUGGCACGGUACAUUCAGUUCAUAGACAUGUUUGACUUUGAACUGAAGCACAAGAAGGGAUGCUACAACAAGGUAGCAGAUGCCCUCUCUCGUAGGCCCGACUCUUUUGCGCUGAUCUCCUCUACUUACUCCUUUGGAGAGGAGACCCGUCAGACCAUUGCUCGUCUACUGCCUCAGGAUGAGACUUUCGGACCCAUCGUCAGGAAUCUGCAAGCAGAUCCUAAUUCUGAACCAGGCUAUGCUUUGAGUUCAGACCUGCUGUAUACUUGUAGCAAAGGUGAGGAGCGCUUGUGCAUUCCCCAGGACCAGCGGCUCAGGACACUACUGAUGUCAGAGUGUCAUGAUGCCCGUGGACAUUUUGGGUUCCUAAAGUCUUAUGCAGCCCUGUCGCAGCGCUUUUUCUGGAAGGAGAUGCGGAGUGAUAUGCUGCGCUAUGUGGACACCUGUGAACUCUGCCAAAGGAAUAAGAUCUAGCGUAGACCUCCUUUGGGACUGCUCAAACCCUUACCCAUA